UGUUAGUGAGUUUCGUUCAGUUCGGUUGGCUUUACUGGAUUACUCCGUGUUUUCGCUCAUUUAUAAAGUUGGAUUAGUAAUUAGAACAGAGGAGAAUUAGUUUAUUGAAGUUACAAAAGUAUUUUAGAUAUAUAAAUAUUACCAAGAUUGUUGAUUACUAGAUUUAAAUAUGAAAAAAUGAAAAAAGUUGAAUGGUGAUCUCGCAAAUUUAUGAAAGUAUUGAAGAAAGUCGUCGAAGACGAGAAGUGAAAGUGAAUCUUAAAAAAGUAUAUCAGUGGUCAGAGGAAUAUGUCAGUGAAACUUAAGAGAAGACAAGACACAGCAAACUAACGUUGAUGUCUACGAACAAGUUGUGUUGUUUUCGUGACCGUUAUCGUGACAUCAAACACCAUAUAGAAUUUUAUAAUAAAUAAAGAAAAGAAAAUUGUGCCGUAUCGACACAUUACAGUGAUUAAAACAACGAGAAAUAUUACACCAGAUGUAAUAUAUAGAAAAUGAUGAAACUUUGUUCCAUCCAAAUACACGACAUUCAGUGAUUGUCGAGCUAUAGGUCGACCAUAGUCAAUUCAGUGUGUUUUAAAUCUCCGAUACCAUGAUCAAGUUGAAAUCGCUUUUUCGUAGAGGUCAAGGACCCUCGGGAUCCAAACACUCAUCGCAGUCAACGAACAACAUUGCGUCUGCGAAUGGAGCACCUCUCAAGGGCGCGUCGUCCGUGUCAAGCCUAGAUUGUAUCGGCGUUACAUCUGUCCAGAAAGUGAGCAACAAGAACAGUAGAGCGCCAAUUCAUGGUUCCAAGGAUAGGCUUGAACAGUAUAGUUCUAACCACCAUCAGUACUAUUCUAAGGGCUCGAAGGAGAAAUUGACCGAUUUUAAAUCUUUCGGCAACAUCGUCAAGUCCAGCAUGUCCGUCGCCCAACACCAGUUCGUACAGCCUCAGGUGGCAUAUCAAUCUCUACCGCCACAGCAGCAGCUUGAACGAAGCGGUGCUAAUCGCGACGAAUUGGAUCAACGUGAUGAUGACGCUUACUCUAGUGCAAAUGAGGACAUUGUGGUCUCCAACGAACUAAGGUCAAACAACAUUGGCAGUGAGAUUUGCGAAACAAAUAAAAUGCAGGAACUGCAGGCUCAUCUGCGCAAAUUGAACCAGGAAAAUGCUGCACUAGAAGAGAAAAUAGUUGAGAUGUCUCAUCAUCAGAGGGAUGUCCAAGCUUUGCGCGAUGAGAUAGACAAACUUCAGACGUCGCAGGAAAUGAGCAAUAAUGAACUGCAUCGACUGCUCAAUGAAAAUGAGACUUUAAGGGAGCGUCUCAGAACAAUUGUGCAAUCACCGUUGUCUGACUCUGAGAAACAUCAAAUUAUUAAAGAUUCACAGAGACUCCACAGUUCGGCACCGGCCUCCAUUGCAUUACCAAUUAAUAUGGACAUGGAUGGAACCCCCUGUGUAACUCCAGACUGGGAUAAGCACUCAUCAAGCAGCGAGAUUGCAGUAGCUUGUUUGCAGGACAAGAUAACGCAGAUGGAAGAAACUCAUUACUCUACGAACGAAGAACUCCAAGCCACACUCCAAGAACUUGCCGAUCUGCAAUCACAGAUUAUUGAGCUUCAGAGCGACAACGAGAGGUUGGCGGAGGAAAAGGACGUUAUAUUUCAAUCUCUCUGCAGACAAACUGAAAAAUUGGAGGAUUCCAGAACGCAGAUUGGAACUCUACAGAAACUGUUGCUUCGUGAACCCAACCAACAGGAUGGCGGCUCCACGGAGCGAGAGCAGAAACUCGUGGAAUUGCUGAAAAAUGCUCAAGAUGAAAGGGAAAGCCUUAUGCUUAAACAGGAGGAACUUUAUUCCGAACUAAAUGAGCUCAAGGCAGCUUUGGAAGAUACAAACAACGAGAAGAUGAGACUGCACGGAAGAAUAGGAGUACUGGAAUCCACGAUUGAUGCAACAAAUGCAGAAAGAACUGAAAUUGAUACGCAGCUUUUGCAAUCCAAGGAGGAUAGUUCGGUCAAACAAAUUGAAAUUAGCCGACUGACGACGUUACUUGAAAACGCUCGGGCUAAAAUCGACGAAUUAGAGCAGGAUAGAGCAUUGGGUGAUAAAUCUGAUUUAGGAGAACUGUUAGAUGUAGCUAGGAAAGAGAAGGAUGCGUUGGAAAUACAGGUGGCAUCACUUCAAGAACAAGUUUCAAUAAGCCAGUGUGAAAUCCAGAAGUUGAAGGAUCAGCUUGCGCGAAUGAGCGAAGAAUGUAAAGUUGUAAGAAAUAAUGCCAAAUGUGUAAUUUCCGAUUUGGAGUACAAGCAUGAGACCAUAAAGCAGGAAAAGAAUAAAAUAGUCAGUGAUUGUCAGCAGCUCCAGGAAAACGUGAGCGAACUACAGGUUCAAAACAAAUGCCUUAUCGAAGACAAAGGUCAGCUAGAAGCUCUAUUAUCGGAGGCCCAGAAACAUCUGGGUGAAACCGAACGACUACUUGCCGAAAAGACUGAUGAUUUAAACCAAGAGAUUAGCUUAAGAAAACAAGAGAGCGAAGAAUGGGAACGUUUCCAGUCCGAUUUACUGAUGACCGUACGUGUCGCGAAUGAUUUUAAAACAGAAGCUCACAAUGCACGGGAACAACUUGCGUUGGACAACAAAGCCUUGCGGGAACGUAUUCGCCUAAUGGAGCAACAAAUAGAGAAGCUUAACAAACUAGUUGUAACAACAGAGUCCCAUAACUCAAUAUUCAAUACAGUUCAACAAGAGAUGGCAGUUCGAAGGCAGCAGAAAUCCAACAUCCAACGGCAGGAUUCCCGACUGUCCGUGAAAAGUCUCAUUGAAAGCAUCGAGAACUCUGCGAAACAGGCAAAGGUUACUGCAGAUUCACGAUGCAGUUCAAAUUCCAGUUUAAAUAGCAUUCCAUCAGAAAUUUGCGUCAAUUCCUCAAGGCCAGUCAACAAUCCAACUAAACAGGCGCUCUCGCAAAACGGGAACGAUAGUUCUAACAUGACAUCCGUGGCUGUUCAAUACGAACCAUCCGAUAACGCGUUAUACAGCCCAUUAAUAUCCUCUGUGACGGCCAAAAGUCCUUUACGAGAACAGCAACAACCCACAGCUGGUAACAAUAUUAGUAGCAAUCAAAAAACUAAUGCAACAGAUACAGUAUUGCUGUUAAAAUCCCAAAACCUCAUCGCAAACAGCAGCAGUAAUCUUGACAGUAGCAAUAACAAUAACAAUAGUAAUCUUAUUAAUAAUAACUUUAGUAACAACAAACCCUCCACUUUGAUAUGUAAUAAUUACAAUCAUACGGGAAAAUUAUUUAAACAACAAACGGACGAUCAUGUAACUGCUUCGAUAUUGUCACACAAAACGAUGGACUACGUUCGGCGAAAUAGCUAUGGCGAUAUAAGUGAUCGUAAAGAUCCAUUGAAUGCGCUUGUUAAGAAUGGCGGAUCGAAGCGCAACGCGCUCCUGAAAUGGUGUCAAAAUAAAACAGUCGGCUAUCGGAAUAUAGACAUAACCAACUUCAGCUCCUCGUGGAACGAUGGUCUAGCAUUGUGUGCGAUUAUACAUUCCUACAUACCGGAUCGUAUUCCUUACGACAAGCUUAGUCCCAAUGACAAGCGACGUAACUUCACUUUGGCCUUUGCAGCAGCGGAAAGCGUGGGAAUAUCAACAUCUCUGAGUAUUGAUGAAAUGUGCCAGUUGGAACGACCUGAUUGGCAGCUAGUGAUGAGUUAUGUUACGGCUAUUUAUAAGCAUUUUGAAACAUGAAUUUAGACUUCGAGCAUUCGUGAGCUAUAAUGCACUAACGAUAUUACUUUCGACAUUCUUCUUUCGUUUGAGUUUUCUUUUUAACCAAGUUAUUAUACCGUUAUUUAUUGCAUCAUGAAAUCAAAGCUACUACAACAUUGUUGAAUACCUGAACCUAAUAAUGAGAAAAAAUAAUUUAACAA